AUGGCGGUACUAAAGCACAUCUCGUCCCUCUCCAGGGCAGCCACAAAGGCAUCCACGUCCACUUCGACCAUCUCCCCCCGCCGUCACCUCUCCAGCAGCACCCGCCAUCUCCUCCCCUCCUUUGGCUUCUUCCAACGUCCCACCCAGGUCACCCAGCCUGUAGCCAACAACACUGCAGUGACAGAAGGCACCACUCGUUCUCCUCCCGUAGCUAUGCCUCACACCCCUCCGAAUGUUCCAGAGAAGCAGAGCCCAAACUACCCGACGACCUGGUCAGAGACGCAGAACCCGAGGGAAAUGGCCAUGAGGGGACCUAGGUUCGAGCAAAUGAACAUGGAGUUCCAGCCUCAGCCGCUGAGUGCUAUGGAGAUGGUGCAGAGGGAGCCGAUUAGGCUGAGUCACAAGAGGAUCACCAGCUGUGAUGGAGGCAGCGGCGCUCUCGGCCACCCCAGGGUCUUCAUCAACCUAGACAAGCCCGGACCAAAGGCUUGCCCGUACUGUGGACUUAGAUUCGAGCUGGACCAUGGACAUAGCCACCACUAG